AUGGCCAUUUUUAAAGAUUUGUAUGCUGUUGAUCAAGUCAGUAUUUCAGAUAUUCAACCUACUAAGGUAACGUAUUUUAAUUAUAUACUAUCAUGACAUAUGAAUAUUUGCAAUAAAAGUAAGCGGCUUUUGUUCACAUAAUACAUUUUGGAAAUAAAGGUUAUUUCGUAAUUGAGUCAAUCGCAUUAAAACGGCUACACAAAUGUAAAGAGCUCGAGUUACGGGAUUUCCCUUAAUACAUAUUGAAAUCAUGCUGUAUUGAUUCAAAAAAUGCCUUUCGUUAUUUGAUCGACCUUGCACCUCAAGCACGAGGCUGUUUUGAGUCGCGCGGGUCGGUUUUCAGAGAUAAUACUUCGUAGGAUUUGUAGCCAUUGGCUGCAUUUUUAAAGAACAGAAGCUCAAUGUAACCAUUAGUCCAUCACUGAUACAACAUGACCCAGGGCGAAGAAAAAUACAAUUAGGUGUGAUCGCCACAAUUCUUAACAUAAUGGAGUAAAAUCAACGCAAGAUAAUCCCACUAUUGGUAGAUUUUCUUAUUCCUUCUCCUGGACAUCUCUAAAAUAGUAUUUCCAUAAAUAUAUGCAGUAAAUUCGAAAGCUCACACACAAUUCAUUCUCCUUCGACCGCGGCCAUCUUGCCAUUUCCAUAGCAACCGGACAAUUACGUAACCUUAAAAACUGACCAAUCAGACAAAAGUUACCUUUGUUGUCUACCGGGAUGCAGGCGGUGUGCGCAAUACGACUGCAAAGCGUGAUGGGGUUUUCGCGCCUGAAUUGCAAUUGGGCCUCAUUUGCAUUUUGCUUUGACCGAGUGAACAUCAGAGACAAUCAGUGUCAGCGAAAAUAAAUACUCUAAUUUAAUAUUCUUCGAUGGGAAUCAAUUGCCUUUAUUCCCACACAUAAAGAAAUAUGGUAAUAAGGUGCAUAUCAGCGAAUUUUAUGGACGAAUUGUGGCAGUCGACGCUUCGUAUUGGAUCCAUAAAGCGUUAGCAAUUUUAUAACAACAUGGCAAUCUUGAAAGGUGAGUUAUAAAUAUAAUAGGUACUAUAUUGGACUAUUUUAUAGGUAAUUACUACAUAUUUUCACUAAAUACUUAUCUUCAAUACAAAAAGCUGGAGUGAUUCCAUUUGUAGUAUUUACUUAAAGCAUAUACAACAAUAUAUAAUAAUUAAAUGCUUUUGAUCGCUUUAUUUUAUGUACUGUAUUAUAAGCACUCAACUUGGUUCACUUUCAGUAAAUGUUCAAAUAGUAUCGAUACUAUUAGCUAAAAACAAACAUGAUACAAAAAUAUUCAGCCUUUGUGUUUGUGAACUUGACUUAUUUGCAGAAGGUAAGGAUGGAAAUUUCACUAGUUACCAUUUACUGUUGUUAACACAGCUGCAUGAGGAGGGGCUGGUUGAUGAACAAUUGGUUUGAUGAACAAUUUCUAUUUUACCAGAGAAGCUAGCUGCUACCUCCUAGUAAACUGCCAUUGUAGUUUGCCACUUCCUAGCCUACCAAAAUCUUUGCAGUCCUGGGUUAUUAGCACUUGUUGUGAUGGUCAGAAUAAAAUUCUUAACACGAUAAUCAGCAUUCUGGACAAGCAUUUUGCCAAUGAGCUUGCAUGCUGCAGGAAACAUCAACCCAACAAGUGGAAUAAACCAAAAUAACUUUUGUCACUUCCAGGUAGUAAUUGGUUGCAUUUUGAUUAAUGCAUACCAAAGUAAAAUAAUCUAGUUGCAUUAUAGCUUGUACAUAUUGUCCUUGUACAAUGAAGUGACACAAAAAUAACUUCAUUUUAGGUUCCUCUUCCAAACAUGCCAACAGAAAGUCAGACUACAGGUACAGUAGUGAAUUUACAAGCUAGUAUUUACCAGCAGUAUUUAUCUGUAUUUACCAUCCAGUAUUUACCAGUAGGUAAAUACUAGCCUAAAAUGAUCAUGUUCUUUGAUUGAUUUGCUUAGACAAAGGUGAUCAUAAUUUGUGACUUGUUCUUUGAAGUAAUUGUUAUCGUAGCUAUCUUAAAACAUCACAAGAUCUUUGAAAGCUGUAUUUGUAAAAAAAAUUAGUCAUGAUGAUAAUUAUCUUCAAACAAACCACAAAGACCAUUUUGGUCCAAAAUAGAAAUUUGUUAUCACAACACAGAAGGUGGUGACUGCAGCUAAUUAUACUUACGGUCUUAGGCCAUCAUAACUUAAGCUUGUAUGAACUUAUUUUGUGUAAUUGCAGGUGAAAUAGUUGGGACCAUUACAAGCAUUGCAGACUCAUGGUUCUCAUGGACUAUAUCAACCUUCCCUGUUAUGUCCAUUGCCCAUAGAAUUUAAAUGAAUAAAUGUAGUGCUAAACUCUGGCAAUGCAGAUGCUCUAAUUAGAAGAUCUACUGACAUCUGCCCAGGAAAAUUUAAAUGUACGUCACACUGCAAAAUUACAAUUAAUGGAAUUGAGUACAUUGUUUAUGGAAAAUAACAAAAGUAAGCGAGGUUGGAGAUGAGAGUGCAGCAGGUAUGGCGAGACAAAGCAUUGAAGAAGAGCAAAUUGAAAGUGAAGUGCACACUGUUCCACUUAAAGUUCUUGGAUCAUGUCAUUCAGGUGAAGGACAGAAAAUAUUAGAGGCGUUCGAGUACCUAAAUGAGUAUAAUAGGCCAGUCUAUGUGCAGUUGGAAAAAGAACCAGACAAUUUACAUGAUCCAAAUGCAAUUGCAACUUAUGUGAAAACUGUUGAUGCAUUCCACAAGUUUGGUUAUAUUGCAAGUUAA